GACUCGGCGACGAGUUGAAGAAGAGAGAGAGAGAGAGAGAGAGAGAGAGAGGCCCGAACCCUUGAGUUGACUCAGCUGAAUCCCGAUCUCAUUUCCGAGAUUCGCUGCAUUUCCGAUGGCGGACGGUACCGGCCACUCGCGCUACGUCAAGCUGACGAAAGAUCAGGCGCCGCUUGAGGAGGACAUCAAGCCCGGCGAGCUCAACCAGCCCAUCGAUGUGCCUCAGUUGAAUGUUCAGAAGUGUAAUGAAUGUGGACAGCCUCUGCCGGAUAGCUUUCAGCCCCCGGCUGAUGAGCCGUGGACAACUGGGAUUUUCGGCUGCGCCGAAGAUAGAGAUAGUUGCCUGGCGGGACUAUUUUGCCCCUGUGUUCAGUUUGGGCGUAAUGUUGAAAACUUAAGAGAUGAUGUGCCAUGGAAUACACCCUGCAUUUGUCACGCCAUUUUCAUUGAAGGUGGCAUGGCUGUUGCAGCAGCAACUGCAAUUUUCCAUGGUGUUGACCCACAAACUUCAUUUCUUAUUGGCGAGGGUCUGGUGUUCGCAUGGUGGAUGUGUGGAGUGUAUACAGGUCUUGUUCGGCAAUCCUUGCAGAAAAAGUAUCAUCUUAGGAACUCACCGUGUGACCCUUGCUUGGUUCACUGCUGCCUGCACUGGUGUGCCUUGUGUCAGGAGCACAGGGAGAUGAAGAACCGCCUUUCUGAAAAUUCUGUGCUGCCAAUGACCGUUGUUAACCCUCCUCCAGUUCAACAGAUGAACAAGCCUGCUGAUGACAACGACAAUCCUGAGUCUGCCGCACCAUCCUCUACUGGCAACAAUGGGCAUACUACAAUGGAAAUGCAGCCAUUGUAGGAAUACUUUACUAAGUACUAUAAUAUUUCGGUAGGGAUUUAAUCUGUGUGUUCCUCGUGUAAAAUGUUUGGAUCACAUACACGAGGUUACCAUCUAUACUUUUGAUCGAAACAUCAGAAAAUAUAUAUGAGACGUAAAUCGAAAGAGUUUGCUCGGUG